AUGAAGAUGAGAAGUUCUGCCUUUAAAUAAUUCAGAUUUAAUCGUAUUAAUUUAUUGUAUCUGAAUUUAUAAUUUAAAGACACAAAUAAUAAUGAAUAAGAAUUUGAUAUUUUUUAUAUGUUGAAUUAAGUUCUUUAAGUCAUUGGUGUGUAGCAAAAUGAGGAAUAACAAAUGGAAGCAAUUUAUGAUGAUUUUCAGAGGCCUCCAAAGAUUAAGAUUGCUAUGAUGCAUGCGGCAGCUACUAAAUUUGCCAAGACUGAUCCAAAUAUUGACCUUGAUAAAACAAAUGUGUGUCCUUGUUGUGGGUUGCCAGCAGUCAUCGAAGAAAUUCCAUUAUGUUCAUCAAGAAAUGAAUUCAGUUUCAACGGAUCAGGGAUAGCGUUGUAUUUUGAUUUCUUAGUUUUUUCGGGAGUUAUCGUAUUUGCAUAUAUGUACAUUUAAUUAAUUACAAUAUAUUAGAGCCAUCAGUUGCGGAUACGAUAUUUAUGCAAAUUAUCAUGGGAAGAGGUGCAGUCAAAUAUAGAGUAGUAUUGCUGAUAAAUGUAAAACAGAUUUUUUCAACUAGUUCUCCUUGACAAAUGACUAUGAGUAUGUAUAUCUUAAUAUUUUCCUUAGACAUUUGGAUGAAACUCGUAGCAUUCUCAAUUUUAUAUCCCAAGUGGUGAUACUUUUUUUGACUCUAUUUUACAGAAGACACAUAAGCAAAAUAGCAAUGGAAUUGGAUGAUGCAGCGAUUUUGGCAUCUGAUUUUUCAAUAAUAGUUGAGAAUAUUCCAAGAGAUGCGAAAGAACCUGAAAUUUAAGAAUACUUUUCAUAGCCCUUUCAAAAUGAAACUGUCGAAUUUAGAAAACUUUGCAUUGCCUAUGAAAUUUAACCUUAUUUGAAACUGAAUACUUAAAAAUAACUCAAAGAAACGGUGCUUACCAAAGUACUUGAAUUGGAAGCGGAAGGAAAACAAAUACCAAAAUCAAUACCACCAAGAGUUCAAUUAGUUGAAGAAAUAGAAAAAAUUUCAAAGGAAUUAGAUUAUAUGGAAGAUCAUAGAGCUACUAUUUUCGAUUUCAGUGGAAUAUGCAUUAUUACAUAUAAUUACGAAAAACAAGCUGACAAUGUUUGCAAGACAUUCAAAUCAACAAGAUUUCAGAUCUUGUUAGAUUAAUUGGGUUUCGAAUAGAAUGAAUUCAAGAAAUUUAGAAACAAUAACCUUUUUGUAAGGAAAGCACCAGAACCUGGUGAUAUCAUUUGGGGUAAUCUUGGAAUUACAAUCAAAGAAUAGUAUAAGAGAACCUUGAUAACAAAUGCCAUGACUCUCUUUCUGUUAGCAAUUGGAUUUGGAUUAUUAGUUGCAUUGUCUUAUGCAUAAAAUAUUAUAAACAAGCAUAUCUCUAAAGGCUCAACUGCAGAAGCAGCCAUUAUUACUCUUCUUGGAUUUGCAUCAUCAAUUUUGAUCUCAAUUAUAAAUGUUGUGUUGGCUAAGAUGAUUAUAAAGUUUGCUGAAUUGGAAUAGCAAGCUACUAGGACAGAUUAUAACGUUAGUGUGGCUUACAAGAUGGGAGUGGCUUAAUUUCUGAACACUGCCAUCUUGACCUUAAUUAUCAAUCUUUUUAUACAGGAGGAUAUUGUGACUCUAGAUCAGGCUAUUUGGUAAACAGGAGGACUCAAUUCAGAUGUGAUGUUGAUUUUCAUUACUAAUUCUAUAAUGCCUUGGCUGACUCUAUUAUUGGAUAUCAAUUAUUUUUAUAAGUUAUAUGUCAGACGCAAAAUUAUUAUGUAAGGAGAGAAUUGCAAAUACACUUAAAAUGAAGCUAAUCAGUAAUUUACUAAUCUAUUUUUAGAGCUUUCGAAGGACCCACAAUUGAUUUAUCAUAGAAAUAUGCUAAAUUGUGUAAAACCCUUUUGUUUACCUUUUUAUAUGCAGCCUUAUUGCCAUUAGGAGUUUGCUUCACUUUUAUUUCAAUAGUUUGUAUCUAUUGGACGGAGAAGUACUUAUUGAUAAGAAGAGAUUCCAAGCCUGCUCCAACAGGCAGUGCUAUGGCUGAGGCAAUGAUCGAUUUUUAUAUCGAAUUAAUUCUAUUAUUGUUUUCUGUAAAAGCUCGCAUUAAUUAUUUAGUUAGGAUGCACUUUUUGGGAAUGGGUGAACUACGAUAAAGUUCACAUUCUAACAUGGCUAUAAUUGGGAUUAUCAACAUUACACUAUUUCAUCCCAAUUUAGAAAAUAUGUGGAUGUAUAGUGGAUUUGGGUAUUGAUAAUGCCACAGUGGAAUCAUAUGAUGAAAAAUUCUUAACUUUCUAUGAUGAUUAUGAUCGUCGUAAUCCUGUUACACUAGAUGCAGCUAAAGAGAAGUGGAUCAAAAUUCAACAGGAAACUGUCUAGCCUACUCCAUAACCAAAAACAGCGUAAAUAUCUAAUCAUAUAACUAAUAGAACUUAAUUAAAACAAUAUCAUUAAAUUCAACACAUUACAACAGGUAGCACAAAAAUCCAUCCCCUAAAUAGUAGAAAUAGUAGAGAGAUAGAUGAUUUAUAAUAACUUCAAGUUUGA